AUGACAGUUGGUCAUACCGAAUCAAAUGAUAAAUCCACAUGCAAAUCAAGUAUCCAUAAUGCUUUUCAAUUUUUACAAUUAUUACUUUUACAAAAACUUUGUUCAAAUGAAUAUUCAUUCAAUACUUUAACAACACGAUAUUCCUAUCAUCAACAGCAUAAAUGUAGUCGAAAAUAUAAUAAAAAUUGUUCUUAUCAAGUAUUUCUUGGUGGUUCAUGCAAUCCGACAACAUGGCGUCAUGAUCAAGCAAUACCCUAUUUUCAAUCACGAUCCGUUUCCUAUUUUAAUCCACAAGUAAAUAAUUGGACGGAAGAUUUAGUUGAAAUUGAACAUAAUGCAAAAGAAUUAGCACCAUUAUUAUUUUUUGUUAUUGAUCAUGAUACGCGAGCUUUAGCAUCAAUUAUUGAAGUUAGUUAUUUAGCAGCAAAAGGACGAAAUUUAAUUGUCGUUAUGAAUGAUAUUAAUCGACAAAAUGCAAAAUUUUUAAAAUCUUAUAAUGAUGAAAAUGAACAACAACAACCACAUAUCGACAAUGAUUAUGAUAAUGUUUAUCGAGCUCGGAAAGCAUUAAAAUUUUUAUUAAAAAGUAUAAAUAUACCCAUUUUUGAUAGUGUUAAUGUAGCAUUAGAAUGUGCAGCAUUCAUCUUAGAUUCAACAAGUAGAAUAGUUGAUGAAAAUAAUAAUGAUUCGGAAACUUAUACUGAACAACCAUCAUCCAAUUCCUGUUUACCAGAUACAGAUGCAAAUCGAACACAAUCUGUCGUUGUAAUACGUUCAUUAUCAAAUAAAAUAAUGUAUAAUUCAAAUGAUGAAUUUUAUAAUGAAAUAAAAAAACAAAUUGAAUGUGAAAAAAAUUCAUCUUCCCAGGAUUUUCAUAGACGAAAUAGUUCUGCUGAGAUUUCUCAAUCAUUAUCACAAUCAUUAUCAAAAUUAUCGCCAAUGAAAUCUUGUCCAAUUGUUCCGUCACACUCAAAAUCGAUUCAACAUACAAAAACUUGUUAA